CUGAUCCCCCCAUGUGGAGGCAACAGCCAGGUUGCAUUUGGGCAGAAUGUUAAACAGGCUGAAAACUGAACCAGCAAAAGAAGUCCCGAUUCCAGCCUGUCAUUCUGUGUGUAAAUCACUGUGUUUGAAGAGACAGAGAGAGCAGAAUGUGUGAAGGGCCAUCCAAGAUUUCUGGGCCCAUUCCUCCAGACCCUACACUCUUUCCAAACUGCUAUAGACGCCCUUUUUCAGCUCGAGGGAGGCUGGAAGGAAAUGCUCAGAAACUGGAUUUUAACUCUGCCCCCCUGGACCUACCUCCCAACUCACAUCAUGCUUUGAGCAGUGCCCGCCAGCUCCAGCCAGCCCCUCGCAUUCGGCCCAGCGGAAAGGACUUUCUGGAGAGGGGACAGAAGGGGACGCUCAGUCUCCUGCUGCAGCUCGAGGGGCUCUCUCUUGGUGGGGGGCUCCCAGUGAAGAGGAAAGAGUCCAAGGACCACGAGAAGGAAAAUGUGAGGAGAAUAAAGGAGAUUCAGAAGAAGUGCAAAGAGAAGGAGCGAGCCCGGGAGCACAGCCAGCCCAAGCCUGUGAAAGCUCUGUGGAAAUCCCAGAAAUAUGAGAAUGUGGAGUCAAAGGUGAAGGCCAGACUGCAGGAGAGCUCCCCGCCUCCAAAUCCAGAGACUUUGAAGUUCCUGAGGGCAUAUUCUCGCUGUGGCCCUGGGAUCAAGCCAUGCAGACCACUUUCCCCAAACCCUGCCAGAAUGAAAGCAGGUGCAGGCACAGAGGCUCCAGAGGCACUAGGUGCUGAAACCAAGAUCCAGGUGGAGGGCAGUAGCAUUGACUUCAUUAAGCACAACGCCCGCAAUGCCAAGCGGGCCCCGCUGCGGCGCUCCCAGUCCCUGCAGGCGAUGGCUGAGCUGCUGGAACAGAGGCACCGGGAGCAGGAGGAGUACAACACCAAGCAAAAGGGCCACGUCCCCCAGUACCUGCUGGAGAGGAAGGAGCUGUGGCGCAGACAGAUGGAGGAGCAGCUGCGAAGCCUGCCAGACCCUGACACGCCACCUGGUCAUACCAUGAUGCCGGAGGGCCAGCGGCUGGAGAUGCUCAGCAAUCUGAAGCAGACCCAGGAGCAGUUGAUAAAGGACCUGGUGAUGCUGCCAAUGCGUGCGGACACCCUCAGCAUUCAGAAGAGGCGGGUAGAGCUUGAGAGGAAGCUCUCCCAGAUAGAGGAGGCCCUCAAAAUUUUUUCAAGGCCCAAGGUCUUCAUCAAGCUGGACUCCUGAGCUGUUGGGGCUGGGUGUGUUGUGCUGCUCUGCACAAGCAUCCUUCGUCCCUGGGAAGGGCUGAGAGUUUGGGAGGGAAGGAGAAGAACACAGGUUCAGGACUUUGGGCCCAUGGGGGUGCCCAUACCGUGUUGAAAUGCAGUUGGCACCUCUUGCUAUUGCUACCAGUGCUGUGUCUGAUCCAGGAAAAAGGGAGGGAGAUGAGCUAAUUUGCUCUGUUGUGCAGCAUGGAGCAACAGCUGCCUCUGUGCCGCUUGACUUCUCACAGAGAUCAGCUGUCUGCUCUGAAUCCAUGGCACAGAUCUCAUCACCUCUUACUUUCCCAUUUCUAUAAACUCACAGGAGGUCUCCCGUGCUGCUGCCUCUGCAGUUUCUUGUCCCUCUCUUCCUCCGAGGUCAUGGCUCAUUCUGGGCACUUGCAGACUUGGCUGCACACAGAGCAGAGCCUUGCACUGCGUGGCUGCUACGUGUGCCCUGGGCCUCUGCGCUGACCCAUCCCCAGCACGCAGCCCGUGCCUCUGCACCCUCUGACCUGCUGGAUGCUCACAGCAGCUCAACAGCAAAGAGGAACAGAACUCCAGUCCUCACCCAGGAAGAGCUGGCAGCAAGGGGAUCUGGUAGGGUGUCUGGAGAGGCUUUUGCUGUCUGUGGGGCAGGAUGUGCUCCAAUAAAGCAUUGUUUCCCUCC